AUGAAGCCUUUGACAGUUGUAGCACCACUCUCAACCUUCUAUCUUCUCUCCCUCCGAUCGAUCCGACUGAGUCUGUCCUGCAUGCACCAUGCCCUCCUUGCCUUUCUCCCUGAGAAGGAAAGGGCGACACCUCAGGUGUCGCUGUGUGGGAGGCCGUGCAGCUCCCGACUCCAUUUCCCUUCUCCGCCCCCUCCUCCUGCCUCCCAACGUCCGCCUCCUCCCUGCUCUGCAGCCCUGUACUUGACAUUCGUCGUCAACUGCUUUAGUGAGCAGUCGUGGCGGUUUGCCGGGACAGCUUCGCUCGCGUUAUUGCACCACUCGAUACUGCCGGUGGCUGUCGCGAGAUUCGUGAGCCAGCUAGUGGCAUGUGUGGCGGCGCCACUAGUGGGCGACCUAUUGGACUCGGCUUCCAGGGUGCCCGCUCUUACAACCAUCCUCGUCACUCAGUCCACGGCCAUCAUGGUGGGAGCAGCAGCCACCAUGCACGCGCUGCGCCUCGCCUUCCCUAACGCCGCAGCAGCAGCUCUUGCCGGUACAGCCGGCACGUCAGCGCUGUGUGCGCUGCCGGCAGCAGCGGUGCUGCAGCAGGGGUGGUUCGUGGUGGUGGUGGUGGCGGGUGCGGUGGAGCGACUCAUGGGUCUGGCCACAGGCGUGGCUGUGGAGAUCGACUGGGUGCUUGUGCUGGUGGGAGAGGAUCGGCCAGUGCUCAUGGCGACAGCCAUGGCGACCCUAGGGAGGGUUGAGCUCUUGUGCGAGGUGGCAGGGGCAUUCAUCUUUGGGGCCCUCAUCUCCACCUAUGGGCCGCUAGUGUGUGUCAGAGCAUGCCUUGCUCUCGCUGCCCUCUCCAUCCCGGCUCUUCUUGCGCUGACUGCUCUCACAAACCACCUCUCGCAUGCAGCCCUCAGCCAGAGUAUUCCCCUUGAGGUCGCUCCAUCCACAGAAAGAUUGGUGCCUGCAGCGACUGCUGCUACUCCUGACGAGGAUACUGAUGUUGCGGCUGUACCGCCUGCUUCUGCGACUUCUGCAGCUGUUGCUUUUGGCACUUCGGGUGGUGCUACUGGUGUUUCGUCUUCUCUUGCUGCCUUGGAAGAAGGACCUCUAGUCUCGGCUGAGUCCGUGCAAGGGGGGGCAUUCUUUCCUGUACCGAUGAGUGCAGCUUCUCGCGUGGUGGAUGCUGCAGCAAGCACAGUACCAAGCAAGGAACCAGCACGGCUAGAGCUCUCACCGGCCAUAAUGCAGAGGGCAGAAUUCGCAUGCAACAUCACACCCAUUCCACUAGCCAGUCCAGCCCGUGUCACAGCAACCGCCGCACUCUCGCCCAGUGUUUCACCAGCGGAGGGGAUUCUCUGGAGAUACACACACGCUGUAGCAGUGUCAUUUUUGCCAGUGGGAGCAGCGGCAGGAGCAGCAAUAUCAGCAGUGGGGAGAGCAGCGGGGAAGGGGUGGAGAGUCUUUACGCAGGAGGCGGUGAUGCCUGCGAGCAUGGCGUACGUGCUGCUGUGCUUCAAUGCUGUGUUGGCACCCGGGGUACUCAUGACCUCCUUCCUCUUCCACCACGGUGUGGGCAUGGGGAUGAUAGGCGUGUUCAGCAGCGCCGGUGCGGCCAUGGGCUUCGCUGCAUCCUUCGUGUCGCCUGCACUCGUGGCUCGCCUCGGGAUUCUGCAGGCGGGCAGCAUCGCGCUGCUCUUCCAGGCCACCAUGCUCGCCCUCUCCGUGCUCGACUUCUCCUCUCUCCCUCUCUGCCCUCGCUUUCUUUACCAAGGCCUGCUCAUGCUCUUCCUCGUGCUUCUGGGGGUGUACCAAAUCGUUGGAUGUCAAAUCAUUCAGGCUGUGCCAGCAGCAUCAGCCAACCUGUUUGGGACUACGGAGAUGGCCCUUAGCAGCCUAGCAGAGCUCGCGAUGCUCUCCCUCGCCAUAGUCUUCCAUGAUCCCAAGUAUUUUGGCGCCCUUGUGCUCAUGUCCUUUGCUGGGGUCGUUGCUGCUGCGGUGCUCUACUGCUCGUGGCUCGCCUUUCCCGACCCUAGGCUGCAGGUGCUAUUUCCAGCUCAACCAAAGGUUCAGUGGAGAGAUGUGCUUUGGGGGGAAUGGGCCAGGGGAGGUACCAUAAGGGAAGGUUUUGCUGCGGCUGUAGCCCCUACAGCUGCAGCUGCUCUCGUAGCAGCUAUAGUUUCCGGCCUUGCCGAUCCUGCACCAGCAGCGGCUGAGGCAGCGCCAACGCUACUUAAGCUCCUCACAGAUGCAACAGGAGGCGUAACUUCAGGCGUAGCGUCAAGUACUCAGGCGCUUCAGGGAAUUCGCUUGCCUGACGCUGCUGGUGCUGCGAACGCGGCUGCGGAACAGGCAAAUUCGUUCGCAGCAGCGGUAGCCAGCUGGGUUCAAAACAUCGUAGAGCAAUCCCCGAUCGACGCCGCAACCGUCGCCGCAUCCGCCGCUGCGAGCGGUCCAGCCAGCGCGAUUCAGGCGGGACCUGAUCUCGGCCGUGCGAUUCAGGAGCAGGGGCAGGCUGGGGCAGCGGCAGUGCAGCAAGCUAUAGCGGCAGCUGCGGGUGGGGUGGGUCAGGCGGGCGCAUCGGCAGGUGCCGCCGUGAGCGCAUUUUCAGGAACAACUAUCGCGAGCUCUCCUGGCCUAACGCGCCUCGGCGAGGCGUCCUCUGCGCUGUUACAGAGCUCGGAUCAUCUCACAUCCUCGUUGCGCGUGUCGGUCGACUCCGCCUUGGCGCAGGCCUCCGCCGAUCCCGCCUUUCUCCCCACCACCGCGGCGCGCCUCGCAACUUACCUCGCCUCUUCCCUCGCCUCCUCCGCUUCCUCCCUCGUCUCCUCCUUCGCCGCCAAGCCGAUCGUCGCGCCGACCGCGGCGGCGAUCGCGGCGGGCCUCGCGGCGCUGCUCGUGAAAGCGGUGGUGGAGGCAGUGAGCGACGCGCGAGAAAAGGGCAAGGAGAUUCCGUCCACGUACGACCCGGAGGCAAUUGCGGCGUAUUUCAAGCUGCGCCCCGCGCGGGUGGUUGCGCGCGCCGUGUGGGUGGCGGCGCAGUGCUCGGAAGUACUCGCGGGGUUGGCGCUGGACUACGCGCGCGGGGAGGGGAAGCAGAACGAGCAGCUGCGCGCGCAGCAGACCAUGGAGUUAAUCACGCGGCUAGGCCCCACGGCGAUUAAGAUAGGCCAGGCGCUGAGUAUCCGCCCCGAUAUCAUGCCCCCCGCUUAUAUCGAGCAGCUUCAGACCUUGCAAGACCGCGUGCCCUCCUUCCCCUCCGCCGACGCGCGCCGGAUCAUAUCGGACGAUCUCGGUCGUCCGGCGGAGGAGGUGUUCGACGGCCUGGAUAAGCCCGUUGCGGCGGCGUCGCUGGGGCAAGUGUACCGCGCGCGCGUGCGCGCAACGGGGGAGGACGUGGCGGUGAAGGUGCAGCGGCCGGAGGUGCGCGAGGACAUCUGCUGCGACCUGCUGCUGCUGCGCGCGCUCGCGCAGGUGGCCUCCGCCAUCCCCGGCGUGCACACGGACCUAGCGGAAGUUCUGGACUCGUUCUCGAGCCGCUUCUGGGACGAGCUGGACUACCAGAAGGAGGGCGCGAAUGCAACGCGCUUCCGAGAGGACAUGCAGAGGCUGCGCAACGUUGUGGUGCCACGUGUUCUCACAGAUCUCACCAGCACUCGCGUGCUCACAACAGAGUGGGUGCAAGGCGAGAAGCUGUCAGACGCAGAGACGGCGGACGUGAGCAGCCUGGUGACCCUGGCGCUCAACUGCUACCUCAUCCAGCUGCUUGAGACUGGCUUCCUGCACGCCGACCCGCACCCGGGGAACCUCCUCAGAACCGCCGAUGGCAAGCUGUGCAUUCUUGACUUUGGAUUCAUGACUGAGGUCACAGAGCCUCAGCGCUACGCACUCGUCUCCUACAUCUCGCACCUGCUCAGCGCGGACUACGAGCGAGUAGCGCAAGACCUCGUGGUCCUGGGCUUCGUCCCCCCGGACCUGGUCGACGAGGAGAAGACCAAGUCCGUCGUCCCGCAGCUAGCCCGCGUCAUGUCUCAGAUUACCCAGGGAGGCGGUGCGCGCAACAUCAACUUCGGGCAGGUGGCAGAGGAUCUCUCGUCCAUGGCGCAGGACUAUGUGUUCGUGAUUCCGAGUUACUUUGCGCUGAUUCUGCGCGCGUUUGGCACGCUGGAGGGGAUUGGGCUGGACCGGGAUCCGAGCUACUCCACGCUGCAGGAGUGCUACCCGUACAUUGCCAAGCGCCUGCUCACUGACGACUCUCCGCGCGCCCGUGCAGUGCUAAGGGACUUCCUAUACGGGUCAGGGGACCGCCUGGACGUGGCACGGGUGGAGGAGCUCACACAGAACUUCCUCUCCUUCCGCCACCUCAUGGCCACGUCCCCCUCCGCCUCCCCGCACCUCGAUGCCGUAGCUGUCGACGCCAUCGCCUCUGCUGCUGCCGCCGGCGCCACCACUCCCGAUGAUGCCACAGCUGCCGCUGGUGGUUCUGCUGAGGGCUCGGGUGAUGCUGAAAGCACUGGGGAUUUCAGGCCGGCUGUUGCCAUGGCAGCGGCAGGGAGGAGAGAGGGUGUGGGUGCAAUGCAAGCAGCAGCAGCAGCAGCAGCAGCAGCAGCAGGAGCGGUGGCAUGGCCGGGGGUGGAUGAGGGUGCAGGUGUGGUGGAUCCAGUGGCAUGGGAGGUGGUGCAGACCGUACUGGCACCAGAGGGCAGCUACGUGCAGGAGCUUGUACUCACAGAGAUGGCGCGCACAGUGGACGCCAUGUCACGAGAGGCCCUAGCAGCGCUCUGGUCCGCACUCGUCGCGCGCACGCUCCUCCCAGUGCCAGCGCAGCUGCAGCAGCCGGGCACCUACCCCCUGCCUCUCCUCCUCCCAGGGGCAAUCCUGGGCAUGGUGAGCGGGGACUGGCGCACGGCCAGCCUGUCAGAUGACGAUGUGGAGGCGCUGGGGACCCUGCGGCGGCUGUGGACGCUGCUGGCCCCGCAGCUCAGAAGCAUGGAGCCCGUUGGAGGGCCGUCCUCGCCUGCAGAAGCUCUCUCCUUCUUCCGGGAAGCAGCGCCCCUCAUGUUCAGUGCGCUGCCAGGAGCCGCCACCACAGCGACACGCUUCCUCGUGAUGCUGCUGCAGCGCCAGCUACUCCGCCUAGCAGACGAUCUCGACGGGGGGGACUCGGUGCAGCAGUGGGAGGCAGAUCCGUACUCCCUCGCGCGCUCCAUCCGCCCCUUCUGGAUGCCCCCCGCCAGCCCCUUGAGGUAG